AUGGGUUCGGUAGGUUACUUUAUGCAUUUACUUAUGACUUCUUAGCUGGUCUAAAUUUGCCAAAAAUGUUAACUCUCUGACCUUUGGAGCCCUUAAUAUACAUUACAAACGAACUUUUAGGAGAAAGCGCCAUUUUGUCCCCGCCUUUACAGUUAAUAAGUGGAUUAACGGUGUCACAGAAUCACCUUGUGUCGUCCCGACGAAUAAUUACGCUCAUAGCUAGUUAUUACAGAAUGAUUACCCGAUGCGGUACUUGCACAUCACGACUGAGGGGCAUAUCGAUCUCCCAAAUAUUAAGUCUUAAUAGUCACCAUCGUCUCUAAGGCGGAGAGGCAGUCGAAGUAGCCCACUUGGAAUCCUGGCCUUUAUAAGCUCUGACAAAAUAUUGAGACUCCGUUCCCAGUCCCUAGGAUGAAUCUGAUUAUGCCUCUAAGCCCGUGAUGAUCUGCGACUCGCUCUCUGCUCCAGAAGAGACGACAAUAUUCGGGCACUAGGUCUUAAGCCGAACUCCUCGUCGCCUCCUGUUAGGUGACACCGGAUUCGGAAUGUCAUAACUGGGCAUUUGGAGCAGAUGACUAAGAAAGUGCCUGCACCAUCUCAUCUGUUGUAUUCGGAUAACCUGGAGUAUCCUCAUGAGAACGCGGGAGGUCCAGGCGCCGCUUCCGUUUCUUAACGGUCUGUGUCGAGACACAUUUUGAGUCGACCUCUCCGUCGACGCCCCAUGGGGGCAACGGCGCCGAACCGACGGCAGAAACACCGAGCACAUGGCACUGACGAGGAACAAAGUGCCCAAACCAUCUUUGUAGUCAUUGUGCACGAUAUCGCAGCGAGGGUGGACUGCCUCAUUCGAUUCAAAGUCCGUGUACUUCGUUGGAUAGAUGGUUCUCAGGCAGCAGCGAUCAAGCACCUUCAGAAUUUGCAACCGUAGAGGAGGACUGACGGGAAGGAUUGGCGGCACUCGCUGAUCUUUGUGGCGAGGAAGAUUUCGCCUCAGGCACAUAGGCUUUUUCUAAGGGUUCUGAAAACCCAGCAAGCAGCAUCGAUUCGGAAGACGAUGUCUUUCCCCCCUCCCCCCCCAUUCGGCAGCAGGCCCGCUCUAAGGUAUUUAAAACUACUAGUUUCAGAUUGAACUCCAAUAUUCCCGAUGGGUGUCUUCGCUCGGUCAGGGAUGCAGUUCGAAAACACUCUGAUCUUUCCAGCGUUUAUGAAUUAAUUGACCGAUUUAGCUUUUUCCUUCUACUGCGAAACCGCAGGUUGUAGGUCACCAAAACUAGGGAUUCGCAGGGAGAUAUUGUAAGCACAGUGGAGAUCAGUUAGCCGGCGUCUGAAUGCAGGUCAAACACCGUGCAGCACCCAGAAAAUCCAGUCAAGGACGUAGUUGGACAGAAUAUAAGCGGCAGGAUGUGACUUUGUCAAACACCAAGUCGAGAAUCGAGCCUUUGGUACAGAUUGUCGAAUACCAGAGUACGUCUUGCUCACGUAAUAGUUUUUUUACCCGCACACGACCAAGUUCCAUUACUCACCCUUCAAGCAGCAUCGAUUGGGGCAAUGAUGUCUUUUGGCAACAGCUUACACCCCCCUCCAGAAGCGACUUGGGAUUAUCUACUUCUUCAGUUUUACAGCCAUUAAUUACGACCGAGGCCUUCUGUUGAGAGGUGCAAUUGGAAAAUGUUCUGGUUAUUGUAGUUUUUGCGGAUUAAUCAGUCGAUUUACCGACCUAAUUCACUUGAGCCUGCAUCCUGUCGGUCAUCGUAAAUUGGUGUCGUCAGCGUAGUGGGGAAUAGCCAUUCAGUUUAACACAUCUGUGAACUUGGACACACAUUUCCGACCUAGAGAAUUGAAUGUGCUCCUGACAACGAAAUCUCUGGCAGAUGAAGACUGUUGAGCGCAUUUAAUAGUGGAGGUUUCCUGCAGUCUAAUUAGUCCCUGGUCUUUGGUAAGGACUGUCGGAUCUUCGGGGACUUAAACUCAUUACGGCGUUUCAAAUAGUCAGUCAACCAGAGUCAGUUUUUGCACUUUUUGCUCUACUUCAGGGAUUUGAGUGGUCCGUUGUGGUUAAAUUUAAUAAUUCACCUCUUUUUGCUUCUAAACAACUCUACCGAAUUCUUUUCUUUUCCCAUGACGCUGAUUUUCACACAGGAAGCUAGUUCACCAUUCGGAACACAUUGUAUUUUUUUGCUUCAGUUAGGGUCGCCAAUGGGCUGUGGGGUAUUUAGUGGGCAAGUUAUCGUACCGGCCUUCGGUCCAUCAUUUCCCGGUAGUCUGCCACUACGUUUUCGUCAAACGAAGGUGUCGGCUUGCUUCGUAGCUGACCCAGCACACACCACCUGCUUAAAGGACGGGCCCGUUUUUACUGCAUAUUCUAAAGGCAGCCAUACUUGCAGACAAAUGAACCAGAUGCGUGCUCGUCACUGGUCCUGUCAGACGGUUGUCAAGACGCCUGUGUUUUAGGAUUUCAUGGGUGACACUGGCCAGUAAAAGGAUAAAAUAACGGUUGCCGAUGAGACGAAUGAACAAUUUCCGCAAUACCCUCAGACAUAAGUCUUAAACUGCUACCUACCCGUCCGCUGGCUAACAAUACCUCUUUGAGUAAGCACCCUAGCGGGUGACAACUUGGCUUGUUCUAUCCUUUUGUCAGCGUUACGACUGGUGUCCAGGCUUGGAUCAACUCAUGUGAUUAACUUCACUCCACACCGUCUUCCAUUCAGAAUUAAACCUCGUUAACUUUUUACCCCAGUAGUGUCUCCCGUAGGAAGCGUUUUCUCCUUAUGGAAAUGGCAUCUGUAUCAGCAAUCAGAUAUUCUUAAGCUUGCUGCUGUUCCUUGAUCCUCAAUGGUUUUUUGUUCGACUAAAGAAGUCUAAGAGGGGGCUUAUUCUGUCUUUUCUAUAGGUGGAACUAUUCAGCAGUUACGAGGCCUUAAGCAUUUCGGAACUCAUUAAAAAGGAGUUGGACGAAAAGAAUAUAGACAAUGCGGACUUCCUGGAUCUUAGAGAAAUCCAUCAUGAUUUUACUCUGCCGGAAUACCUAAAACGUUUAAGUCUUGUGGAAGUUUUGUCAGACAAUGGAGGCAAGCGUUGUUUUUGUCCGGACAAGUCUCUUACGUUGUUUGGUGACAAAGUAGCCGCCAGUCCUACUCUUCAGAUGGUUAUUCAAAGGCAGCCAACCCUUGAUGCAACACCGGUUUGUUUCGACCCCUGCAAACCAUCGGGUCAAUUUUCCGCGGUAACAAUGUAUCGAGGACAGUCUGACUCUUUCGGCCUACAUUUCUGUAUUGCGUACGGUGGAGUUUAUGUCUGCUACGUCCAGGUGGGCUCACCAGCUGCUAAGGCAGGACUGCGUUUUCUCGAUCAAAUCACGCAUAUUGACGGUAAGGCCGUGACGGGCCUCAAGGUAAAAGAGGUCAAAGAACUUCUUAACAAAAAGACUAAAUGCAAAAUAUUGAGGAAAGAUCGGUGA